AUGUUCUUCAAAAUCUCUUGGUCUGUGGUAGGAGAGGAUGUUGUCAAUGCUGUAACUUUCUUCUUUCAAGAGGCUACUAUUCACCAAGCUUUUAACUCCACCAUUUUAGCCUUGAUUCCUAAAAUUCAAAACCCCUGCAAAGUUAAAGAUUACAGACCCAUUUCUUGCUGUUCAGUGGUAUAUAAAAUUAUCACAAAAAUUCUUGUUAAAAGACUCUCUUUGGUGCUACCAGAUCUUAUUAAUCUUAAUCAAACUGCUUUUUUGAAAGGGAGAUCCAUAAUUGAUAACACCCUACUUGCUCAGGAAUUGGUGAAAGGCUAUGGCAGGAAAAACAUUUCCCCAAGUGUACUUAACCACUUCUAUUCCUUGUCUGGCCUUAAUUUUAACGUCAAUAAGACUGAAUUCUUUGCUGCUGGAGUGUCUGCUGGAACUCUUGAAUUUAUCAAAUCUGCCACUGAAUUUAAGCAAGGUUUUCUGCCAGUCAGAUACCUUGGAGUUCCUUUGGUCACUAGGAAACUUACUGAAACAUAUUGUUUUCCACUUCUUGACAACUUCGAAGCUAGACUUCACCAUUGGUCUGGAAAAUCUUUAAGUUAUGUUGGACAUCUUGAACUUAUAAAAACUGUCCUCUAUAGUGUUGUAAAUUUAUGGUUUCAACAGUUCAUCCUUCUCCAGAAGGUUAUCAAUUGUCUUGAGCAGCUUUGCUCUCGUUUCAUAUGGAAAGGAUCCGAUAAAGCUGCCAAAGGAGCCAGGAUCAGCUGGAAUAGACUUUGUUGCCCUAAAUUUGAAGGAGGCCUUGGUUUAAAGGAUCUUAAUUCUUGGAACAAGGCUUGCAUGAUUCAACUUAUUCGAAAACUUCUUGCGAGAAAUAGAUCUCUGUGGGUUGCUUGGAUUCACUGUUAUGUUAUUAAAAAUAGAGAAUUAAGUGACAUCAAUGUUAGUUCUUCUUUUAGCUGGAGCAUUAGAAAGCUUCUCAAACUUAGAACUCAGGCCCUUCCUAUUAUUUCUGCUGGAAUCACUAAAACCUCUGUUAUUUGGGAUGAAUUAAGGGAGAAUAGAGAAAAGGUUACAUGGAAGAAAUUGCUCUGGUUUCCUCUCCACAUUCCCAAACAUAGUAUGAUUUCUUGGAUGAUUAUCCUCGACCGUCUUCCUACUCGUGAUAGACUUUUUAGAAUGGGAAUCUCAAAUUGUAUCCUUCGCAAUAAUGAACCAGAAUCCAAGAACCACUUGUUUUUUAACUGUGUCUAUGCUUCUUCUAUCUGGAACUCUAUCAUGAUUCUUACCAACUUGCGAGAUUCUCACGGGACUUGGAAUUCAAGGAUUGAAUGUGCUACUCAAAAAUGGAAGGGAAAAUCCUUACUUUCUAUUAUCCUAAGAAUUGUCUGGAACGCUUUUAACUACUUAAUAUGGGAGGAGAGAAAUAGAAGGAUUUUUAAAGGUGGAUCAAGAACAACAGAUCAAAUUCUCAAGUCUAUCAAGGAAUUUGUCCGUAUUCAGCUUAGUGAUAAAGACAUUAAUAGGACUGAUCAUGUUAAUUAUAUUCUUUGUAGCCAUUGGGGUCUUGACUAA